GCUAAAAGCUUCGAAGCCCGUGGCGCACCUCAAGAAAUAGCAGAGAAGAGAAGAGAAAUACAGAGUCACGGGUUUGCAUCGAAACUUGAAACCACCUUCUCGCUCUCUUCCGUCUCCCAAGUCGACAGACAGAAACAUAUUCUCUUCGCCUCCCCCAUUCUUCCCAUAAAAAAAGAAAGCCAAGCAGCCUACUUUCCUCCCCCUCCUAUCCAUCCAGGUGGUGAAAUGCUGGAUAGAAACUGGGAGGCCGGCGGCUGCGGAGAGACGGGGCAGGGGAUGCCUGCUCCAUUUCUAACCAAGACGUACCAGCUUGUCGACGACCCAUCCACCAACCACAUCGUCUCGUGGGGCGACGACCGCGUCUCCACCUUCGUCGUCUGGCGUCCUCCCGAGUUUGCGCGCGACCUCCUCCCCAACUACUUCAAACACAACAACUUCUCCUCCUUCGUCCGCCAGCUCAACACCUACGGAUUCAGAAAAGUGGUGCCGGAGAGAUGGGAGUUCGCCAACGAGUUCUUUCGCAAGGGGGAGAAACAUCUCUUAUGCGAGAUCCACCGCAGGAAAACCUCUGCCGCCGCCGUAGCAGCUGCCACCUCGUUACACCCACCUUUCUCUCCCCUGUUUCAGAACCCUUUUGACGAUUACUACUCUCCUCCUGGAUCUGCUAAACGCCUUCUUUAA